AAUUAUUACGUAAAGCUUAGCUUUCAGACUUCAUGUUACGUACUGAUUAACUGUUGGUAUUCCUUCGUAACCAUGGCAACAGAUGUAAACAACUUUGGGGAAGGCGUGAGACUGUGUGUGUGCAGGAGUCCACGACCAGGCCAGGACUUGUACGCCCCAGAGAGCUACUGGGUUACAACAUACACAUCAAAUACACCCAAUACAACAAUAUACUACAAACCUGUAUGUUAGAGAAGUGGCCAGAGAACUGAAAUUUGGGUUUUGUACGUACCAACAUUCUGAAAACGGAGGUUGAGGCUUGCGAAUGUCUCAAUACAACAUGAUUAACAUGAGAAUGUACGGUGAGGUGUGAGGUGAGGUGUGAGGAGCACCUACAAGAUGCCGUCCAUAGCGGAGCAGAAAGCCAAGGUCAACAGCCAGAUUCAAGACCUACGGAAAAAGAUCCAACUUUCAGAGGGGGAGAGCAAGGCGUGCUACGAGGAGAGUGAGGGGGAGAAGCGGACCAACAAGGCGGCGACCACGGCGCUCAGAGCGGAGAUCAAGCUCCUCCACCUCAAGAUCGAGGAGGCCAACCAGGGAAGUGAGAGAAGCGUAGAGAAGGUCCUGCAGCAGCAGCGCCGGCGAGCUGUCAGCGCCCCCGUCAGGGUCAAGAAGGCAGACCGUACCAUCAAGACCUCAGAGUACAAGCUCCAUGACUUCGUCAAGAGACUCGAUUUCCUGCAGCACACCACCAAGCAGCGGGAGGCUCGGCUGGAGACGCUGAAGAAGCAGCUGGGGGAAGCUGCGUCACCGAGCGCCCAGGACGAGGAGCGGACUAUCCAGCAGCUGCAGCAGGACCUGAUUGGGUUGGAGAACGAACUUGACCGGGUAGGAGUAAGUGUGGCGGAGGCGGAGAGCGUCAAGCGGAGAUAUGGGGCCAUGGUGACCGCGCUGAAGGGAGAGGCAGCGUCCUACCGGACCACACUAGACAACCUGCAGGCGAGGCUCCUGGAGGAGAAGGAUGCUCUCAAGAAACUGAGGGAGAGCCGGAGAAACGCAGAGAGAACGCGAGAUUCCCUCAGAACACGGCUCCAUGACGAGGAGGAGUCAGCCUACGAGACCAAGAGGGAGAGGGAGAAGAGGCUCUUUGAAUAUAGGCGUCGGGCGGAGGAGCGUCGGGCGCAGGACCUGGGAGCGGCAGUUGACCGCCGCCUCUCUCUCUUGAGGACUCCCACCAGGAGGGACUCACCCACCGCCGCCCUCACCCAGGACACACACGAACAGAUUGAGGAAGAGCUCGAGAAGUACCAGCAGGUUUUCACCAAACUCAAGGAGGUGCUGGGUGUGACGAGUGUGGAGGAGGUAGUGGAGAGGCUGACGACCCAAGGCAACACUAGAGAACACCUCCGUCAGCUGCGCUCAGUCACCCUCGAGGAAGUCACUAGACUCAAGCAGGAGAAGGAACACAUGCACGAAGAGCUCCAUAGAGUCAAAUAUGCUACCACUGAGGAUGCUGCCAGGAUGGUUGGCGUUAUAGGGGAGCUGAAGAAGGAUGUAGACGAUAAAGAAUCAGCGAGGGAGGACCUAUCCAACCGCCUGGACGGCACCCUGAAGGUGCUGGCAGGAGUCAGAGCUGGUCUUGAACACGUGGCUGAGAAACUGGAGACACCAGAGAAAGAGCGGCCUCCUCGAGUAGAGGCGCCACUGGAACACCUUGUGGUGCUCAUGAACUAUUCUAAGGACCGAGCAGAGGAGCUUAUGGAGCAAGUCAGCCCUUCACAUAUUGAACUAAAGUUUUCUAUAUUAAAGCUGGCAGAGAUGGUAGAAGAGGAGAGAGAGAAUGGAGGAAUGUUGACAUCGCCAGAAAACAUUCGAGUUUCUUUCCCUGGUUCAGGAGCAACCACUAAGGCAGCCCAACAACAGGUGGAGGAAGCUGGAGACAGUGGGGAAGAGGAAGAAUCUCUGACGAGAAAGUUCAUCAAGAGACAAGCACAAAUGAUUGUGGAAGCAAAAGCUCGUAAGAGAAACCGUCCUGUAUCUACUUUCAAAUCCUAAAAUAAAAGGAUUUGAAAGUAGAAAAGGAACUACAUACAAAAAGUAUGUAGUUUAUAGGGGAGACUUUCUGUACUACAAGUCAUGAGAAUUUAAAAACGGUGCAACUACGGUUGUUCAGUAAUAAACAUUUAUGUCGCAUUAUAUCAGCAGUGUAUUUUUAACACUAUACAUUAAGUAGUCGUGUAAAUAAUAAGUCUUGUAACAGUGCUAAUUGGAAAAACUAAGGCAAAAUGCAUCAUAACACUUUGGCUGUUUGACAAAUCAUUAUCAAAUAUUUAAAAUAAAAUAGUCACCAUCAUUGUCACAAUUCGUGCAUGAUUUACUGUCACUUCAUCAAUUUUGUCCAUGAUGGCAGCAAUAUACAUCUCCCUUUACAUAUUCCUGCCACUGUAACAAGAACAAUGCUAUUAAUAGAUGGUCCACACACUUAUAUAAUGUCUGUUCACCCAGAUCUCAGAAAAACCAAUCAAUCACCACUAUCAGACUGGGGCGGUAAAUAAUCAUCACUGAAAACUUAAAAUUACUACUCAAUAAAAAGCAUCUACUGUACUACUUUAAAUUACAUAGCAUCAUUACUUUCAUAUAUUGAAAAUAUUAUUAUAAAUAUUAAGAUUCAGACAGAGGCAGUAUAUAAUCAUCACUCAUUUUGACAAAUAAAUCCUAUCAGAUGAA